UCCACCGCGCAUGUGCGUACGAUAGACCAUCAGGCGCAGCGAUCCCGAAUCUCUCGAGGCCGGCAAGUGGGAGCAAUCCAAGUAGCAGACCGGGAGCGAGAGGCUACAAAUAUCAAAAUACUAGAAACAGGUUGGGGAGGGCGGCGGAGGCGACCUGAGGGUUCUCACAGCACGAAGAGAGAGACGAUGUGGAAGAGGGUUUGCUCGCAGCUCGCACCUUGGCGAUCCGCCACGCCCGGCGGCGCCGCCCUCCGCAACCGCGCCGCCGCCGCCUCCUUCGUCUCCUCCUCCGCCCUCCAAUCCUCCUUCCCCUCCCCCUCGCCUUUCCAAAAGACCGUCCCCCUUUUCUCCGCCGAUUCCGGUAAUGCUUCCUUGAAGAAGAGGGUGGAGGACGUGAUGCCGACCGCGACUGGGCACGAGCGGGAGGAGCUCGAGGCCGAGCUGGAGGGGAGGAAGCGGUUCGAUAUGGAUGCUCCGGUCGGUCCGUUCGGUACCAAGGAGGCCCCUGCUGUCGUCCAGUCUUAUUAUAACAAGAGAAUAGUGGGUUGUCCUGGUGGUGAAGGUGAGGACGAACAUGAUGUUGUAUGGUUUUGGCUGGAGAAGGGCAAGCCACAUGAAUGUCCUGUGUGCUCUCAAUACUUUGAGCUGGAGGUGAUUGGUGGAGGAGGGGAUCCUGAUGGGCAUAGUGAUGAUGACCACCAUUGAAACAAACAGAUUUCUGCAAAAUAAACAAAAAGGUGAGGCAGUCGUUCUGAUGCUAUGUAGCAGUGGAUGACUUUUGUUUUAUUUUUGUUUAAUCAAUUUUCUUGCACCAAGCGUGGUGGUGUAUUUUGUUUAAUUAAGUUGUAUUUGAACUUGGUUCUUUGAGCCUUUAUGUCAAUCGUCAAUUAAUAAUCAGUGGCCACAUGAAACUCAACAUUCUUUCUCGGUUAUACUAAAUCAAAUUGAAACGGAUUCAUUA